AUGGCAGCGCCUCACUACCGAAAAGUCGAGCUUCAGUCUCCAGCAGACUUCACCUAUCUAUAUGCCAACACCGUCGCGUUUUCGCGACAGAAACUCGACUUACACCUUCCCCCUUCCGCUUCAAACAAUGAAACGCCAGACCCGAUGCGCGAACGCGUUCGGGAGCUGGUAGACGAAUACAUAAAUAAAACCUUCGACACAGCCUCGGCCUCAAUCAGCAUCAACGGAUUAGACUCCUCCUCACCACAAUUUCCCUUCCCAGCCGCAUUCACUGCGCCAACGGAGCAAAUCGAGUACGAGGUCUACGACACAGAGCUCGCAUCACGCGUCACAUCCCUCUAUGCACAACUGGAAUCGCUCAACACGACUGUUGCACAGCAAAGACGGGAAGCGCCGAGACGCGCCGCGAAGGAAUAUGCGGCGCAGUUGAAGAAGAUGAUUCAGGAGGAGGAAAUCUACGAAAAAGAGCUCGAAAUCGAACUGCAGGGAGAGAAAAUCAACAAUGAGAUGGAUGAGUCUGUGGAUGGGCAGGCUCAAUCGAUCGAGGACACAACGCCUGGUCAAACAGCUGAUCGAAUGGAUGUUGAUUCUACCGAAGAUUUCGGAUCAACUCCAGCGUCCUCUCGGCGCAGAAGAAAUAUCGAUCCAACUUGGACAUUGCAGGCUGCACUUGGGACGGAGGAGGAGCAGGAACGGUGGAAGAGUGGGGAUAUUGCUGGUGUCUAUGAAGAUACUUUGCGUAUGCUGCUGCGCUUGCAGGGCGAGAGCGGUGCUACUCCCGAAGACGGUGCAGAGGGUAAUGCGUUGGCGACGACAGUUGGCAAGGUUGAGCGAGCCGGACGAGCUGCUGAGGUUGUGGAGACUAUGAUGAAGUGA